GGCCCCGCCACACCACGUCCACGCUCACCCCCUCCGUGUGCUUCACCCCGAAGGAAACUGCCCCUGCUGGGGCCGCCCUGCCAAAACCAGUCCACAUUUUGAGAGGGUUGCAGUGAAAACACUCGGCUCUCGCUGCAAUUAACAGCCAAGAGUGGGCAUGCCGGCGUCGCCACGCUCACCACCGGCACCUUCUGCCCUUCCCUGCCCCCCUGGGAAUUUAAGCUGUCCUCUUUUUUUAGGGCAGAAGAUGCUGGUUUAGCACAAGGAGUGUUUGAGCCAGUGCAGAUUAGGAUCUGUAAUAAUCCCAACCGAGCUGCUGGAAUUGGAUUUGGGUUUAAUGCCCUUCAAUGGAGAAAUCCCUGUUUGUUUUCCAACCAGUGUCUGAUAGCUCAUCACAGCACCGUGGCCACUCCACUGAGAGACUUUUCCACGGGAAGUUCUAGUUUGGGGCUGAUUUUAUCCAGCUAAUUUGGGGGUGAUUUUAUGCAACCCCAAAGCUGUCAGUGCUGCACUGCUCCCAGUCCAAUGUGCCCUUUCUCUUCCCCAGCCACUCCGAGCAACUCCUGACCCUCUCCUGACUCCUUUUCCUGAAUUUCUGCUUCCCAGCAGAAGAUGCUGCUUUAGCACAAUGAGUGUUUGUGACUAUUGGUGCAGAUUAGGAUCUAUAAUAAUCCCGGUCUAAUUGGCGCUGCUGGAAUUGAACUGGGGUUUACACUUCAAUGGAGAAAUCCCUGUUUAUUUUCCAGCCCAGGCAAACCCGUGUUUACCAGCUCAUCACAACACUGAGAGACUUUUCCAUGGGAAACUCUAAUUUGGGGCUGAUUUUAUCCAGCUAAUUCAGGGGUGAUUUUAUCCAACCCCAGAGCCAUCAGUACUGCACCGCUCCCAGUCCGACGUUCCCUCUCUCUUCCCCAGCCACCCCGUGCAACCCCUUCCCCUCUCCUGGCUCCUUUUCCCGAAUUUCCCAGUCUUUCCAGGUUAUUAUUUUUGGGCUGUUUGCCCCGACACCCGAGAGCUGGUGCCGGAUCCCCGUUACGGCUUCAUUGCUCGGAUGGUUUCUGGAUGCCGACGGUCCCACCAAACCUGCGCCGUCGGGCAGGGGGGGAGGGAGGAAACCUGAGCACUCCUUUGCUCCUGCCUGGGUGUUUCUGAAAUCGUUAAAUUACUUUUAAUUAUACAUGGACAAACUGGUUCGGUUUCCUUGUUUCUUGGUUUUGGGAAUCCCACCAGGAAUUUGACCUGGAGCAAUGCCAGGGGAGUUGUGGUUCUGCUGCUUGGCUUGAAUAUCAAGGGGGAGAUUUGCAAAGCCAGCAAAGACCAGAAUUAACCCCGAAAUGAGCUUUUAAACUUUUUUUUUUCCCCCCUUGGGUGGAAUAAUUAUCCUGAAGUUCAACACUGGGGUUGUUUUAGGGAAGGGUGUGUGGGGAUUUCCCACUUUCCCAAGACACGUUUUUGUCACUAAAUCUUGUUUUCCUUCCCUCUCUCCGCUGCAUCCCUUCCUUUGCAGUCCAUCCCCGUGGCUCCUGCUCAUCCCUCCGCUCUCCAGCAGCAUUCCAAGAUGACGCUGGAUCAAACCCAGCGUGGGCUCGGGGUCUACCCCCAAAGCCGCCACGUCAUUCGACGUCCAUGCCACCUCCGCGGUCACGGUCCACAUCAUCCACAACCCCACGACAAAGCCCAUGAUUGACUCCAGGUGGCCCCUGGAUCCCGACAUCGAGGUUGUAGUGACCAUUGACGUCACCAGCAGGACCGUCAAUGACAAUAAGGUUAAGAUCUCCUACUAUGGCCGGGAGGGCAACGAGCUGGCAGUGGCCUGGCUGUACCUCACGUGUGUCGAUGUGUCCCUGGACGUGGACUGGAGCCGGAGCGGCCGAGUGAAGAGCAAAGGGAAGGACAAGGCCAAGUGGACGUGGGGCCCGGAUGGACAAGGUGCUGUGCUGCUGGUCAACUGUGACCGGGACAGCCCCGGCAUGGGGGGGCCGGACAGUGGCCAGGUGGACGUACGGACCCCUGCAGACCUGCAGGACAUGUCCAUGAUGCUGCUGAGGACCCAAGGGCCCAGCACCACCUUUGAUGAGUACCAGGUGGUCCUGCACGUCUCCGAGACAGACGCGGAUAAAGUGCGGGUUUUCCACGCCAUCCGCAGUGACUCACAUCCCCACUACAAGCCCGUGCUGGGGCCAGACAAGCUCUCCUACACGCUGGACCACGUCGGCAACGGGGAGAACACCUUCUACGUGGAAGGGUUGGCCUUCCCCGACAGGGGUUUCUCUGGGCUGGUCUCCUUCAGUGCCAGCUUGCUGGAGGUCCCCCAUAAGAACUCCCCGGGCACGCCGAUUUUCACGGACACGGUGGUUUUCCGCGUGGCUCCCUGGAUAAUGACGCCCAACACCCAGCAGCCUCUGGAGGUUUUUGUCUGCAGCAUCAAGCAGGGCUCAGACUCCAACGAGGCCUUUCUGGAAGGGCUCAGGGUCCUGCUGAGGAAAGCCAACUGCAAGCUGACCAUCUGCUCGGAGCAGGACACCCGGAGCGACCGCUGGAUCCAGGAUGAGCUGGAGUUUGGCUACGUGGAAGCACCACACAAGACCUUCCCCGUGGUCUUUGACUCUCCCAGGAACAGGGGAUUGAAGGAUUUUGCCUUUAAAAAGAUCCUGGGCCCCGAUUUUGGCUAUGUGACCCGUGAACCCCCUGGGAAAAACGUCACCAGCCUGGACUCCUUCGGCAACCUGGACGUCAGUCCUCCGGUGACGGUGCGGGGGAAGGAGUAUCCCUUGGGAAGGAUCCUGAUCGGCAGCCCCCUGCCCUGGGCCUCGGGCCGGCGGAUGUCCAAGGCUGUCCGGGAUUUCCUGUUCGCGCAGAAGGUGCAGGCGCCGGUGGAGGUUUACUCGGAGUGGCUGAGCGUGGGCCACGUGGAUGAAUUCCUCACCUUCGUGCCGGCCUUUGAUAGGAAGGGAUUCCGGCUCCUCCUGGCCAGUCCCAACGCCUGCUACAAGCUCUUCAAGGAGAAACAGAGUCAGGGCCACGGGGAAGCCACACAGUUCAUUGGGCUGAAGGACAGCGAGAGGAGGAGCAUCGACGAGAUCUUGGCGGAUGAGUCGCUCAAGAGCGACAACAGGCACGUGCAGCACUGCAUCGACUGGAACCGCAACCUGCUGAAGCAGGAGCUGGGCCUGAGCGAGCAGGACAUCAUCGACAUCCCGCAGCUCUUCAUCCUCAGGGGCUCCCGCGCCGAGGCCCUUUUCCCGGACAUGGUGAACAUGCUGGUGCUGGGCAGGCACCUGGGCAUCCCCAAGCCCUUCGGGCCCGUGGUGGGCGGGCAGUGCUGUCUGGAGCAGCGGGUGCGGGAGCUGCUCGAGCCCCUGGGCCUCACCUGCACCUUCAUCGACGACUAUUUCUCCUACCACGUCCUGUCCGGGGACGUUCACUGCGGCACCAACGUCCGCAGGAAGCCCUUCUCCUUCAAGUGGUGGCACGUGGUGCCUUGAGGGGACACACCCACGUCCUGCCACCGGGGGAUGAAGGUGCAUUUGGUGCAUCAGAAGGUGCACCAAAAUAAAGGGGUUUGCCAAUAAAGCUUCUU